AUGAGCCAAGUGCGCUUCCAGGAGGAGACCGUCCGCACCACCACCCAGCAGAAUGGUAACGGAGGCGGGCGAGGUGGCGACGGUGGAGCUCGAGGCGGCAAUGGCGGAGGUCAAGGUGGCGAUGGAGGAAGAGGAGGAGGUCGUGGCCCGCCGCCUCAAGCUCCACAGAAGCAGGACUUCGCGCACGAGGUCGGCAAUGCGCUGACACAGGGCGCUGGACCGAAUGGCUACCUCGCUUGGUACCUCAAGAAGCUCCGAGAGGACCCUCUACGAACCAAGAUGCUCACCUCCGGCUCGCUCGCAGCUCUGCAAGAGUUUCUAGCCUCCUGGAUCGCCAAAGACCGCAAUAAGCAUGGUCACUACUUCACCAGCCGCGUGCCAAAGAUGGCCGUAUACGGCGCCUUCAUCAGCGCGCCAUUGGGACAUCUCAUGAUCACGAUCCUGCAGAAGAUGUUCGCAGGCAGGACGAGCUUGAAGUCGAAGAUCUUGCAGAUCGUCGUAUCCAACCUGAUCGUCUCCCCAAUCCAAAACGCAGUCUACCUAACCUCCAUGGCCGUCAUCGCCGGUGCCCGCACCUUCCACCAGAUCCGCGCCACCGUCCGCGCCGGCUUCAUGCCCGUGAUGAAAGUCUCCUGGAUCACGUCCCCACUGGCUCUGGCGUUCGCGCAGGCCUUUUUGCCCAACGAGGUCUGGGUGCCGUUCUUCAACUUUAUCGGGUUCGUGAUUGGCACGUACAUUAAUGCGCAUACCAAGAAGAAGAGGCUGCAGGCGUUGAGGAGGAAGUAUCAGGAUAAUCGGGGCAUGGACGAGGGGAGGGAUGGGAGGAGUGAGUAUGAUAGGCGUGGGGGGCCGGGUGGGUAUUAG